AUCACAUUUCCUCUACAGAAAAGACGUCCUAAAAAAAUUGUAGUCAGCGACGUCGGAUGGCAAGUGGGGCUUUUGCAGUCAACUCAGCCAAUCAAUACGUCGACAAUGUAUUGCAGUCAUCUCUCGAACAGGAACUUCUGUCGGCAAACUUGCUUCCAGCUCGUUUGCCUGGGUUCACGAAAGUUUUGAGCAACACCAAGUAUCGUAAUGGUGUCACAAAAGUCGAUUUCACAUUCAGCAGCGUCAUAGGGCUGCAUCGAAUUAAAAGGAAAGGGGACUGUUCGGGGCCUAAGAGUUACAAGGGAGAGAUCAGCAUCAACUGCACCCUUAUUUUGUUCCCUCUGCAAUCAGUUCACAGAACGGUCAUUAAGAACUCUACCUACACCAGUGUUGGGAAAGUAGAAGCAGCUGCCACCGAAGUACUUGUUGAUCUGCAAAUUGUUGGAAGGCCCCAGAAUUAUCUUGGUAUCUUAAAGAAAUUCGACGUGGGUAGUUUGGACAUAAUUACACCCAUUUUUUCUAACAUACCCACUCACAUAAUAAACCACCUACUAGAUCUACAGAAGACUUAUCAAAGGCAUACGUUAGAUAAUCUGUACAGUAUCCUUUACCAAAAAUAUGCUGAUGCUGUCGGUCGAGCAUUUUCUAAAAUGCCUAUGCCGCGAUAAUCAAUAAAUAGAAAACACUUGAAAGCAGUCAGUGU